CGGCCAUGGAAAGCCUGCGCGAGCUCACCGGCCUGGACCCGCACGAUUUGGUCUCGGAGGAGGACCUGGUGCUGGUCAAGCCCCACGAGCCCCUGCCGUGGCUCGAGCCUCUUCCCAACGGGGUCAGCGUCCACCGCGACGGGACUUACCUGCGCUUGAGUAGAGACGCGCUGAUGGCUCGACACAAGGCGGGAUGUCUGGGCAAGAUGAGCGCCCAGGUCGCGGUGUUUGCGGGCUGUCCCCGCUUCUGCUGCUCGCGUCGCUUCCAAGAGGCCACGGCGCAGCUGUGCUCACGCGCCGCCACCGUGGUUCUGGUUCACAACUUGAAUGCCCUGCCAGAUCUGGUCACCCUGUUCCCGUCGGCGGACGCCCUCUACCUGCUGCACGACGUCGCAGUGCACCAGCACUGGAAGCCCUCCAAGGAGGACGACGGGAUACCGCAACAGCGCCCUCUAGCCGACGGCGAGCUGGGUGACCAUUUGACCGAGCUGGAGGCCAACAUGGCAGAGCAGGUGACCAUCACACCACCGAAGGUCCUUGGCUUCAAUUCGGAUGCCGGCGCCCAGCGCCCGUGGAGCAGCCUGGUUCUGGGCUGCGCAUUGCCCACCAAGGGGGUGUCCAUAUCUGCGGACGUCGUUUUGGAAGCGGCGAAGCGGUGGCCCGUGCUCCGCCACCUGCAGAUCGUGACGGCUAACGAGGCGGCCGUCUACAGCGCCGGGGCAUUCCAGGUGACCGAGAACCAGAGUCUCACGGUUGCCAAAGUGACACUUCUUAGAAUUCAGGCAAUGAUCUUGCGCUCUGCAGAUGACACACGGUACGGUUUCUGCCGGAUAGGGUGA